AUGGGUCUCACCAUCUCAUCGCUUUUCUCCCGCCUCUUCGGCAAGAAGAAGAUGCUCAUCCUGAUGGUUGGUUUGGAUGCUGCUGGCAAGACAACUAUUUUGUACAAGCUGAAGUUAGGGGAGAUAGUCACUACCAUUCCUACUAUUGGUUUUAAUGUGGAAACAGUAGAAUAUAAAAACAUUUGUUUCACAGUCUGGGAUGUUGGUGGUCAAGAUAAAAUUAGACCUCUUUGGAGGCAUUACUUCCAAAACACACAGGGUCUUAUUUUUGUGGUAGAUAGUAAUGAUCCUGAGAGAAUUCAAGAAGGAGCUGAAGAGCUGCAGAAAAUGCUUCAGGAAGAUGAAUUGCGGGAUGCUGUGCUGCUGCUCUUUGCAGACAAGCAGGAUCCGUCCAAUGCCAUGGCGAUCAGCGAAAUGACAGAUAAACUAGUCCUGUAG